AUGGCAACUUCCGCUCUCUCCUCGGAAUACCCCGCGUCGACGCAUACACCCCGCUAUUUGACCGGCGACGCUGCGGGCAUCCAGGAAUUCCUCGACAAGUUCGAUGUCUUCCUCUUCGACUGUGAUGGCGUCCUCUGGUCGGGCGACCACCUCUUCCCCGGCACGAACGAGACUCUUGAGAUGCUGCGGAGAAAGGGCAAACAAGUCGUCUUCGUAACCAACAACAGCACCAAAUCACGCGCCGACUACAACAAGAAGCUCACAGCGCUAGGAAUCCCCAGCAACACUGAAGAAAUCUUCUCCUCCUCCUACAGCGCCUCAAUCUACAUCUCCCGCAUCCUCUCCCUCCCCCCCAACAAGCGUAAAGUCUUCGUAAUCGGCGAAACCGGCAUCGAGCAAGAACUCGCGUCCGAGAACGUCCCCUUCAUCGGCGGCACCGACCCAGCCUACCGGCGCGAAAUCACCCCGCAAGACUACAAGGACAUCGCAUCCGGGGACGCCUCCACGCUGCUCGACCCGGAGGUCGGCGUCGUGCUUGUCGGUCUGGACUUCCACAUCAACUACUUCAAGCUCGCCCUCGCGUAUCACUAUGUUCGCCGGGGCGCGGUCUUCCUGGCUACGAAUAUUGACUCGACGUUGCCGAACUCUGGGACCUUGUUUCCCGGUGCGGGUAGUAUGAGCGCGCCGUUGAUUAUGAUGUUGGGGAAGGAGCCGACGUCCCUUGGGAAGCCGAAUCAGGCUAUGAUGGAUGCUAUUGAGGGGAAGUUUCGGUUUGAUCGCAGUAGGGCGUGUAUGGUGGGGGAUCGGGCGAAUACUGAUAUUAGGUUUGGGAUUGAGGGGAGGCUUGGGGGCACGUUGGGGGUGUUGACGGGGGUUAGUAGUAAGGAGGAGUUUGUGGAGGGGGAUGUGAGGCCGAAGGUUUAUUUGGAUCGGUUGGCGGAUUUGUUGGUUGUUGAUCAGUAG